CUCCCAAAUUUGCCAGUUCUUCGCAGUUGCUUUCACUGCUAGAAACACAGAGAAAGUAAUCCCAGAAAGAAAGAAAACCAACCAAAGCCCCGUAAUUUGGAAAAGAAAGAAAUGCCAGACAGAGAGAAUUCUUGCGUCGUUCGUGAAUCCCGCCAGGUGGUGAGGAAGUUCCUGGCCAGGCCUCAGCACGAGGGAGUCGGCGCCAUUGUUAGAAGGAGCAUUGGAAGGUUCGAGCUGAAAUACUUCGAUCCUUUCCUUGCUCUUGAUGAGUUCUCUGUCACUGCGCCAGCAGGGUUCCCCGAUCAUCCACACAGAGGUUUCGAGACGGUCACGUACAUGUUACAGGGCUCGGUCCUGCACGAAGAUUUCGAAGGUCACAAAGGGACAAUCGCAGCCGGCGACUUGCAAUGGAUGACGGCCGGCAGAGGGAUCGUUCACUCCGAGAUGCCUGCAGCUCAAGGCACCCAAAAGGGUCUCCAGCUCUGGAUCAACCUUUCUUCCAAGCACAAAAUGAUAGAGCCAAGGUACCAAGAAAUCUCGAGCAAGGACAUUGCGGAAGCAUCGAACGACGACGGAGUGAAGGUGAGAGUGAUAGCAGGGGAAGCCUUGGGAGCCAAGUCACCGGUAUACACGAGGACGCCAACCAUGUACUUGGAUUUCACGCUCGAGCCGGGAGCAAGGCUGCAGCAGCCGAUUCCGGCAUCGUGGAACGCAUUCGUGUACGUGCUCGACGGAGAAGGAGGGUUUGGGAGUGGAAGUAAAGCUGUGACCGCAUCGGCUCACCAUCUCCUGCUUCUGAGCAGCGGUGGGGAUGGGCUGGAGGCGUGGAACAAAACGGCCAAGCCGGUCAGAUUCAUAUUGGUCGGCGGGCAGCCGUUGGGGGAGCCUUUGGCGCAAUUGGGUCCGUUUGUGAUGAACAGUGAGGAAGAGAUUGAUCAGGCCAUUGAUGACUUUGAGAAGUGUGUGAAUGGGUUUGAGAAGGCUCGGCAUUGGAGGUCUGAGAGUGGGAUUAGCCUUGGGUUGUAGAGGAUGAAACAGGGUUAUGGAUGGAGAGUAGGAUAUAGAGAUCACUCUCAAAAUGUAUAUUUGGUCUCUCCUUUUGUUUUCAUUAUUUGAAUGGAAAAUUAUCUAUAUUUCACUAUUGAUUUUUCAAGGGCAUUAUUUUGUGACGCAU